CUCUCUCUCUCUCCUCCCUCCCUCCCUCCCUCCACCCGGUCUCUCCGGGAUCCGUGUUUUGCAUCGCUCCUCUAUUUGCAUUUAUUUCUCAGAUUUUCCGUGCGACGAUCCAGCCACUCGAAACCAGAAAAGGCGUACUUCCGCGGCAGUAUCUACGUGCUCCCCGCGUUUCCAAAGCAGUACGCGCAGCAAAACCUAUUGGAAAAAUUGAAUAAUGUUGCCGAAGCUUUCCGAAAGGGGAAAUUGAGGAAUUUCUUUGGAAAAAUUCGUUCGAGAGCAGACACGUGCCUUUGAGGUAAACAGACAGCAGGCAGAUAGUUGCCUUGCUUAUAUUGUUUUCGUCUCCUGUUAAGCGAUUAAAAACGGUUAUCAGUUGGUGGUAGACGUCGAGCGGACCUCGUGUAUUUUUUAGUUUGUGCGCCUUUGUUGGUCACUGAGACGCAGUUGGAAAUGUCGGAAGUACUACAAGACAAAAUGAGUCAUUAUGGAAAUGAAGACGACGAGGGGCACCUUUCCUUCACCUGUCGCCUUCAAGACACCAACAACUUCUUUAGCGGCUCACAGGGCGGUAAACGCCCGCCCAAACUUGGACAGAUUGGCAGAAGCAAACGAGUCGUCGAGGAUGAGAACGGUGUUGAUGAGGCGCUAAAAAAUGGAACAGAGAAAACACAGACGGAGGCUUAAACACACCACCCCCCUUUCCCCAAAGAAGACAUUUAUUCUCAUUUUCUAUUCAAUUUAUUCCAAAGACACUGUAUAUAUGCACUUUUAACCCAUGUGGCAGCAAGCACUUCCAGUCCACCCCCCGCAUGAUGGUGAUGUCCUGGGACACAAACUGGCAGAAGGGGAAAGCGGCUGAGGCAGAGAUGGAGACUGAGACAGUAAUGGAUUUUGAAGCUGAGGCCCAGGUGAAUGCUGUCAUCCCAAGGUUUAGGCCCAUAGAGCUUGUCUAAAACAAGGCUGGCUAAUCCUGAACUUAGAGAGCUACUCGGUGAGGAGCAGGCUUUUGCUAUAGCCCUACAUAUUUUACACUAAGCCACUACUGGUCAUUGAAUGAACUCAUGUGGGGGACCAACUAAUGUAGCAGUGUAAAGUAACUCAAGACUCAGCAAACGAAGGAAACGUUAAUUUGUUGGAUUCAUUAUGUAAGGGUAGGGAUGCUGCAAAACCCAGGAGAAGGAUCUAAACCAUGUGACAAGGGGAGGAUAAUAAAGAUUGAGAGGUGGAUGCAUUUCUAGCAUCAGGACAUGAUGCUGUCAAACAAAUGCAGAAAUCAGGGAACAACCGGCAUAAAUGAUCUCAAACUAAAGCACACACAAGAUUUUAUCAAUCAAACCAUAUGAUAUAUCAGUAUCAUUCUUUCUGCUCUUGAUUCUUCUUACAAAUGCUAACAAAUAAAUUAUAUAAAUAACGUGUAAAUACAGAAUUGUAGCCCCACAUACUGUCAGCACAGACUCUAGACACUUUCUGCUAUCUUGUCAGCUCCUUGUGGAAUUGGCAUGUUUGGCUUGAUAAUGAGUUGUGAGAAGGUUUUGGCAAGACGACACAAACCAACCUGAGACUAGGCUGGGAUUCUUUUGCACAGUAGUAGAAAGAAGCAGUGUGAAUUGGUAUGGUGUGAUCUCACACAAUGUGUCUGCAUAAGGAUGGCUUAGUUAUUGAGCCUUUAGAUACAUUUUUGCAGAGAUCAAGAGCUGACCGAUGGAUAGUUUUGUAUGUAAAGAAUUACAAUAAGUGAUUGAAUGAAAGUGAUUAUUCCUUUCUUCUCUUUUUUGCUACUUAUGAGUUUGGAUGUUGCCUGAUCCAUUUUUGUUGCCAUAUUUUGGAGCUGUAAAGUCAUUAAUAAACAUUAUACACAUCACUUGUUAGUAGGUCCAAAGAGGCCUAGUCAGAAUUGUUAAACAUUAAACGUUACUGUACACCCUCACUAUUGAUAAACAAUUUUUAUUGCAUUGCACAUUAUUGUGUGUGCAAAUUAUAAUGAGGGAUGACCAGACAUCUUGGUUGUUCAUGCUGUGCUUUCUAUAUGUUUAAACUGUAACAAUUUCGUUUUCUUGCCAUUGUUUGGGGCUCUUUCUUUACAACUGAACUAAUAACUGGUGCAUGGCAAAAAAUGAAUCAUGCAUGCAUGGCAACAUUCUAGAGAGGAUCUUGGAAUCGUGUCCUCUGGAACAACUCAUAUACAGCUUUAAAUGAUUAUCAUCUAAAACAGUCAUAUUACUACGUACAUUAUACUGUACCAUGAUCUCACUGAUUUAUACAGUAGCCUAAUAUCUUGUAAUAAAGAAUCUAUAGAAGUUAAGUUUA